AUGUUGGUGCUACUGGCUGGUAUCUUUGUGGUUCACAUCGCCACUGUCAUCAUGCUCUUUGUCUCCACCAUUUCCAAUGUUUGGAUGGUGGGUUCUUCCAACUUAGGGACAGCCUCAUCGGGACUCUGGCUACUGUGCAACAAGACCUGCGAGCGGCUGGUAGUCAACAGUAGUGAUGAGGCUUCCCUUAAAACCGUGCAAGCUUUUAUGAUCCUAGCGAUCAUCUUCUCCGUCAUCGCACUUGUCAUGUUCAUUGUCCAGCUGUUCACCCUGGAGAAAGGGAAACGUUUCUACAUCACUGGAGCCUUCAUGCUGGUUUGCUGGAUCUGCAUUCUGAUUGCAGUCUCCAUUUACACAGCUCGGUUCACAGUCAGGGUGGCAGAGGCCACAAGUUCUCACCAUGGCUACUGCUUCAUAUUGGCCUGGAUUUGCUUUUGCUUCAGUUUCAUCAUCAGCAUCCUCUACUUCGUUCUCAGGAAAAAAUAA